GCAAGUUUAUCAGACUUUUAUAGAGUAUAAAAGCCGAGGCCUUAUCUGCAAACAGUAUCAUUUGAUCGAAGGUAUCAAAUACGAUUAAAAUCAAACUUGACAAAAUGUUCAAAUUCUUUGCCGUAGCUUUCGCCGCCAUUUUGGCCGUAGUCUCAGCCGCCCCAAAAGCUGAGCCAGGCUUGGCCUACACCGCUCCUUUGGCCUACAGUGCUCCUCUGGCUUAUGCUGGUGCCGCCCCCAUUGCCUACUCGUCCUACGCCGCCCCAUCUGUUUACUCCGCAGGAUAUGCUGCCGCCCCACUUGCCUAUUCUUCCGCUCCUUUGGCCUACAGUGCUCCUCUGGCUUAUGCUGGUGCCGCCCCCAUCGCUUACUCCUCUUAUGCCGCCCCAUCUGUAUAUUCUGCCGGAUAUGCCGCCCCCAUCGCUUACUCUUCCUAUGCCGCACCCGCCGUCUAUGUUUAAAUCUUUUCUGACUGACUCAAAAUUGUAAAAUUUUAUUUUUUUUUAAAUUUCGGUUUUAAAUGGAAAAAAAAAUUAAAGCGAUGCAAUAAAUUUUGAAAAAGCGAAAAUACUA